AAAAAGCAGGACUCUGACAGAGGCUCCGUAUCAGUUUGAAGUAGAAUAUGCUGGAGCCUGAGGAACCGGUGGCCAAAAGGCAGUCGCUGCCCCCGGUUUACAUCUACAGUCCGGAGUAUGUCAGCAUGUGCGAUUCCUUGGCCAAAGUCCCCAAACGGGCCAGUAUGGUACAUUCUCUGAUUGAAGCAUAUGCGCUGCAUAAGCAAAUGAGGAUUGUUAAGCCAAAAGUGGCCUCCAUGGAGGAGAUGGCCACCUUCCAUACGGAUGCCUAUCUGCAGCAUCUCCAGAAGGUCAGCCAAGAAGGAGAUGAUGAUCAUCCAGAUUCCACAGAAUAUGGGCUAGGUUAUGACUGCCCAGCCACUCAAGGGAUAUUUGACUAUGCAGCAGCUGUAGGAGGGGCUACAAUCACAGCUGCCCAAUGCCUGAUUGAUGGAAAGUGCAAAGUAGCAAUUAACUGGUCUGGAGGGUGGCAUCAUGCAAAGAAAGAUGAAGCAUCUGGUUUUUGUUAUCUCAAUGAUGCUGUCCUGGGAAUAUUACAAUUGCGACGGAAAUUUGACCGCAUUCUCUAUGUUGAUUUGGAUCUGCACCAUGGAGAUGGUGUAGAAGAUGCCUUCAGUUUUACCUCCAAAGUCAUGACUGUAUCUUUGCACAAAUUCUCCCCAGGAUUUUUCCCAGGAACAGGUGAUGUGUCUGAUGUUGGCCUAGGGAAAGGAAGGUAUUAUAGUGUAAAUGUGCCCAUUCAGGAUGGCAUACAGGAUGAGAAGUAUUACCACAUCUGUGAAAGUGUACUAAAGGAGGUAUACAUAGCCUUUAAUCCCAAAGCAGUGGUCGUACAGCUGGGAGCUGAUACAAUAGCUGGAGAUCCCAUGUGCUCCUUUAACAUGACUCCAGUGGGAAUUGGCAAGUGUCUUAAGUACAUCCUUCAGUGGCAAUUGGCAACACUCAUUUUGGGAGGAGGAGGUUACAACCUUGCCAACACGGCUCGAUGCUGGACAUACUUGACCGGGGUCAUACUAGGGAAAACACUAUCAUCUGAGAUCCCAGAUCAUGAGUUUUUCACAGCAUAUGGUCCUGAUUAUGUGCUGGAAAUCACGCCAAGCUGCCGACCAGACCGCAAUGAGCCCCACCGAGUCCAGCAAAUCCUCAACUGUAUCAAAGGGAAUCUGAAGCAUGUGGUCUAGUUGACAAAAAGAGAUCAGGUUUCCAGAGCUGAGGAGCAGUGCCUGUAAUGAAGACAGCAUGUUUAUAUGAGCAGUUUUGGGAAUUUGUGACUGCAGGGGAAAUUUGGAAGAAAUUACUUCCUGAAGAGUUCCAAGGGGCACCAAGUGGCAGCUGACCUCCUGGGGUAAGGCAGGCAGGCACCCCAGAUGCCUCAACAAGGCCAAGGGGAAGAGGGAGAUUUCCAACAUUUAAAAUGUUUAUUUAAAAAAAAAUGCAGUUUUUAAUCUUUGGAAAUUAUUUUUAAGUGAGUUAAGGAUGAGGGUGUUUUCCUUUUCUUAAUGGAACAGAUCAGAAUCUGAAGGAGAGCACGGAGCCCGCUGGGUGGGGGAGCGGUUGCCAUAGCUCAACAGCAGGGUUUGGGCCUCAGAACCACCUAUGUGGAGCCCUGGGAGAUAACAGGUAGUCAACAGACUGGGAGGUGGGGAGCAGUCCACUUGUGUUGUUUUUAAGGGUUGUGUAUCUAUUUUGUUUUUUAAUAAAAUAUUUUAAAAACU